AGGUCUGGCGGAUCUGGCGGAUCUGGCGCUGGUCUGGGCUGGUCCUGGUAGUGGUGGUACCUGCUGCCUGCUACCUGCUGCCUACCCCUUGGAUAUAAAAAUCUACUACCUCCGAUAAGAUUACGGAACGGUUCCUCCCCAACAUCCCCCCUGCCCGCCGAUUUUUUCCACCAAACUGUAAAAGCACUCGGAUCGCUCGUACGUUCUAGAGAACGUAGAAAGCGCAAAGAGAUUUUCACGCGACGUGCGACAAGCUGCGAAACUAUACCAGGACCACGAGCGCGAAUCGGAGGACUGUUGCGCUGCCGGAUCGUAUCCGCUGGCCCGAGCUUGCGGAUUGGAAUACUUGGCGUGGGUCGACCGCGUGACUGGAAUUCCUCGGGAGUUCCUCCGUCGCGGCAGAGUGUUCGAGGAGGUUCCUCGAGCGGCUGGUAAAGGCUGGGAAACUGAGGCGCCAAUGAAGAAUUUGAGGAAAAACCGGUCCGGGGUGGUCGAAGCUCGCGUGAGCCGCUGCCCGGCACUUGCUGGCGAUCAUCGAUAAUCUCGACGAUAUCACGAGGGACCCGAAAUCCCGGCUGUCUCUCCGACUUUAUCCGUUUGGACCGUCUGACGAAGAGGGAACCGCAGAAAAGGAAGUCUGAACUCGGCUGUGCCUUCGAAAGGGAAUUGCUCAAAUUGAAGGGGUUGAGCGAGGCCUCGGAAGCUUCUGAGGGAUCCGUCGAGCGUCUUGAGGGACGAGGAGGCAGAUUGCAGGAUAGAAGGGAGAGAAGGAAGAAAGAAGGGUCUAAGAUCGGCUCAAUUCCUGCUCGCGUUGGUUAUGACGGCCAAGUCGGGGGGGUCCGGAAACGAAGGGUCCGAGUAAUUAGCCCCGUCUUAUCUCGGGGCCCGUAAUCGGCGAAAUUCGAAACACCAGCACCGUAUCAAUGGAAAUUUCGCGAGCCUGUUCGUUCGCCGGAGAUGAUGCGAUAGUGCGUUACAGUUUGCCGGUGGUGAGGUACUCCUCCUUCCCUAAUUCAACCGCGAGUGAGGUGUGAAGUUCCGGUGCGGGAUUUCGCAACAUGUCGUCGUCAAUCACGUCCUCCCCAAACAACACCGACCGCUGCACCUGGCAUCAGGGAUUCUCGUCGAGGAGAUCCUGGAUCACCAUUCCCUGCCUUACGCUCUUCAUCUUUUUCGCCAUCAUGCCGCAAGAGGGUCGGGGUGGCUACCACGAGAAACGGCUGCUGAACCACCUCCUGGCGAACUACAACACCCUGGAGCGUCCCGUGGCGAACGAGAGCGAGCCCUUGGAGGUGAAGUUCGGCCUGACGCUGCAGCAGAUCAUCGACGUGGACGAAAAGAACCAAAUUCUGACUACGAACGCGUGGUUGAACCUGGAGUGGACCGACUACAAUCUUCAGUGGAACGAAUCGGAGUACGGGGGAGUAAGGGACCUUAGAAUAACACCGAACAAGCUAUGGAAACCGGACGUUCUGAUGUACAACAGCGCGGUUGAGGGUUUCGACGGGACAUACCACACAAACGUGGUGGUCAAGCAUAACGGCAGUUGCCUGUACGUUCCUCCGGGCAUCUUCAAGAGCACAUGCAAGAUAGACAUCACUUGGUUCCCCUUUGACGACCAACACUGUGACAUGAAGUUCGGAUCCUGGACCUACGACGGGAACCAGCUCGAUCUGGUGUUGAACUCGGAAGAGGGUGGCGACUUGUCAGAUUUCAUCACUAACGGGGAGUGGUACUUGAUCGGUAUGCCGGGCAAGAAGAACACGAUAGUCUAUCAGUGCUGCCCCGAGCCCUACUUCGACGUCACGUUCACCAUUCAGAUACGACGUCGAACCCUCUACUACUUCUUCAACCUGAUUGUGCCCUGCGUUCUUAUCUCGAGCAUGGCUCUGCUGGGUUUCACACUGCCGCCAGACUCCGGGGAGAAGCUCACCCUAGGAGUAACAAUUCUUCUAUCGCUGACGGUAUUCCUGAACCUCGUGGCCGAAAGUAUGCCCACGACAUCCGACGCCGUUCCUUUAAUAGGAGUGACCAUCUUGCUAUCGCUGACGGUGUUCCUGAAUCUCGUCGCCGAGACCCUGCCGCAGGUUUCCGACGCGAUACCCUUGUUAGGGACGUACUUCAACUGCAUAAUGUUCAUGGUUGCGAGCAGCGUCGUUCUCACGGUUGUUGUCCUCAACUACCACCACCGAACGGCGGACAUUCACGAGAUGCCUCAAUGGAUAAAGACGAUCCUGCUCCAGUGGCUGCCCUGGAUCCUGGGUAUGAGCCGACCGGGUAAGAAGAUCACGAGGAAGACGAUACUGAUGAGCAACCGGAUGAAGGAGCUCGAGCUCCAGGAACGGAGCAGCAAGAGUCUCCUGGCGAACGUCCUCGACAUCGACGACGACUUCCGUCACGGGAACAGCGCCACGGCGAACCCCUCAGCCGGGUACAUACGCAGGUCGGCGUACGGAACGCCGCUCUCGGGGAGACCGGCGACGGUCGAGGAGACGUCGGCCUCUUUGCCCCUGAGCGGAACGAGGAGAGAACUCCAGACGAUCCUGAGGGAGCUGCAGUUCAUCACGAACCGGAUGAAGAAGGCUGACGAGGAAGCGGAACUCAUCAGCGACUGGAAAUUCGCCGCGAUGGUCGUCGACAGGUUUUGUCUCAUCAUAUUCACGAUGUUCACCGUUAUCGCGACCGUCGCCGUGCUACUUUCGGCACCGCACAUCAUAGUCCAGUAGUAGACUGCCCAAGCCCAGCCACCGAAUGACACCAUGGACGAAACCACCCUCGACUCCUCGUCCUGGUCGUAGACCAGAAGAGAAGGAGACGUCCGUGUCUGAACGUGGGGACGAUGAGCCUCUCGGUGGCAGCCUCGCCUGAAAUUAGACGGAACUAAUAUGAAUCAAUGCACAUACACACACAUGUAUAUGUAUACAAACACCGAAGCGUACUCCCAAGAAACUGAAGGGAAAAAAAAGCAUGAAAGGCAAGAAAUUGUUCACGCGCUCUGCGUGACAUUGAAUGAAAGAAAAUACCAAGGGUGCAGUGUAACAUGCACCACGUAACGAGAUAAUUUGCACACAUCAGCACCCCCGCAAGAAGAGACUCUACUCUACUCUAAUCGCUGCUCUUCAUCUCCUCGCAUCUCCUCAAUCUAUCGAUAAAUUAUAUCGUCUCGUCUUAAGCUUUCGACCUUAACUAUGCGAUCCUACUGUCAACAAUCGGAGCGAUUGGCUGCAUCGCGUGAAAGACGCGAUCCGGCAUCGUUCCUGCGCUCCGUGUUUAAUGGAAGAAAAAGAAAAAAAAAAAAAGAAAACAAAGAAUAAGGCAUGAAAGAAAGAAAAUGAAAUUUUCAGACUCGAUUAAAAGACGACGUGUAUUGUAAGAUCGAAGAAGAAGAACAACAACAACAACACCAACGGCGACACCAAUCAAGCACCCCUCGUAUCCCAUUAGUAAAGCGAACUUUUCUUUAGACACGUUCGACGAUAUUUUUAUAUCACACUAAUUGUUACGAUUUUAUAACCAAGUUUUGUGGGCUGUUGGUCUCGCUGCUGUUGUUUCUCUUCUACUCCGUCUUGGCGCAAAUGAGAAAAUACAGUGUCGUUCUGUAUUGAAUAGAAUAACUCACGAUUACAGGUUGAUAUAACAACUAUACUCCCUUCUUUUCAUCCUGUACACUCACUUACACUCAAUAACACAUACAAAUUUACAGGGUGGACCAAACUCGGGUCUUGAAAAACCACGCGACAAGCGAUAUCAGAAUAUUCUCAAACAAACACAGUUUUUCCGCCAAUUUUCACUUUUUCACUCCGACGCAACAGAUGCCCAUGGUCAAAAAACACACGCGACUCGCGUCGUCACUUGUUCCCGUACGCGAAGCGACACUUCUCAAAUUUCCACUCAUGUCCGACCAACGCUGACCUUGACUACUUUUGCCGCUGCCGCCGCACGAAGCGUCGACUUCUUCCACUGACAAACGGCCGCCGACUGACCGCGGCAGGCCGUCACUACUUGGUUAUGUUCGCAGCCACGCGUUCGGCCUACACGGUCCCUUUCCACUUACGUUCAAAGGCGGCCGAACGGUAUCGGCGCCAAAUUUUUCCACUGACCGGCGGCCGCCGACUGACCACGACAGCCGUCACUACUUGGUUAUGUUCGCAGCCACGCGUUCGCCCUACGCGGUCCCUUUUCACUUAGGCUUAACAGCGGCCGAACGGUAUCGGCACUUACCACUUUCCGCGAGAUGUUGCUGCGUCGAUCGAUCCCCGUAGAAUGAGGGCUUGCGAGUUUCUUGCGAUCGGCUCGACGCACCAUCUUUUCGAAAAUUCCUAACGAUCGACGACGUGAUUAAUCGUUUGACUGCUUGCUGUUGGUAUUGUACAGCAAAUAUCUCGACGAAAUUAUGGCAACGAUUACACACAUCGAAUAUCAAGUAGCCCGCUUUUGGUCCCACCCGUUUUCGUCCGCACCCCACAGGUUCUGUGAUAGUCUAAUUACGCUGAAUUGCACUCGCACAUGCACAGAUGCAUAAAUGAUAAUAGAUUUGAAGCAAUAGAGGUACAGUACAUGAAUGCGUACCGAGGAUGAUAUCAUCGGUAUUGUGACCAUGGCCUGUAUCGUGACGAAUAGUAGCAGCUUGAAUCGAAUCGAAUACCUUGAUAGUUGGUACACAUACACAGCAGUGAACAAUGUUACACAUGCGCAGUACGGUUCGCGUAUCGCAGUACGCCUAGUCGUUAAAAAAAAAAAAGAAAACAGAAAAAACAAACAAAUGCUUCAAAUUAGGCCGGUUUCAGGUGUAGGAGUAUACGAUCCGCAUUAUAUACACGCCAG